AUGAAAUAUCUUUCAAAUCUUUCCAUAUAUACUGCAUCACACAGCUGGCGCUAUUUAGUUGGCAAUCCUCUGAAAUCAAAUUUUAUCAUGACUUAUCUGCCAAUCAGCUCAUACCUUUUCUUAGUACUCAUCGAGAAUACCGAAUAUCUUCACAGCUCGAAAAAUUUUAUGCGAAUUCGCGAGCUCUUUUUUUUGCUGUGCGGAAUAUUCCAAGAGAAUCAGUCUAGAAACAAAUUUCAUUCUGAUCCGAUGAGAUCAUGGGCAUCAGGACAUUCCUUCGCAGACUUUUUGAAUAAUUAA